GACGAGGAUCAGUCAACACAAACAAAAGAUAACGAGCUCGAAUCAUUACACUUGAAUGACUUUGACACUUCCCCUAACAUUACACUGCGUUGGAGGACAAUUUGCCAAUAGCCUCUACUAACCCGCCUGAUUUGCUUAAGGUCUCGACAUACCUAAAAAUUUUCCUAUCCUGUUUUUUAAAAACUUUACUAGACCUGCAACUAGGUACUUACAUCCAAGACAUCUUCGAAACCUGAAGUUCUACCUUAGGUUUCAAUUCAUAAUUUCAUAAUUAUCACACCCUAUAUAAGCGCACCUUUAAAGUUAGAAUCGCAACCGUAGCGAUAUUUCAUAAAGUUAGUACCUAAUCAAAAUAAAAUAGGUGACCAAAUUCAUGUUAUAAUCAUGUCCUGUAAAUGUCACAGUUAAUAAUCUUCACUGACAAUGUAUUUAAAGUAAAUAUUUUGUUAAACGUGGCUUUUAAAAUACUAUAACAAAAGAGCAAAUUAGCCGGCUGUCGAUAUUUUAAAGAGUCGCUUAUUUUUCUUUGAGUUUAAAUGUACGAGUAUUUCAAUAGAAGUCGUGUGUAGUCAAGGAAACGUUUGGCCUAAGUAUUAGAAAUUAGUAGCCAUUUGUUGAGUCAUCGUUGAAAAUAAUUAGUGAUUGUUGUACUUAAGCGUCAGUUUAGAAAAAAAAAUUGAUUCGCACCUCUAUCAAACACAAUGCAUCAAGAUUUAGCUUGAAUCAUUCUUUCUAGAUUACCAACAGGACUCAAUGCAUAAACGCUCACGCAUAUUACUUCCGUGUGACAUUGCACGAUUUCCUAUAAACUUACAAAAUGUGUAACAACUUAAUAGUAGAAAUUGUCGUGUCGUUUCAUUUUUAACACGAGGUUGUACUUCAAGGUGCCACACUAACACGAUACGGCAUGCAACGCCGAUGCCACACAACUACACCAGCCUUCGACUUAUCGGAAAUAUUUUUCUUGUUUCCAGACAUUGUAUUCGUGAGUGUUCUCAAUUUGCAGCAUUACGAAAUAACUAAAUUAAUGUUAGAGAAUGGUAAACACGUGCUAUGCGAGAAGCCUAUGGGCAUGACUUACAAACAAACUAAAUCGCUGGUGGACCUGGCGCGCGAACAGAAACUCUUCCUCCUUGAAGGAAUGUGGUCGCGGUUCUUCCCUGCUUACGACGCUUUGGAUCAGCACAUAUCUUCUGGCGGGCUUGGGGACAUCUAUCACAUCAGCAUACAGUUUGGGGUCGAAAUUAACGACAUUGAGAGGAACUUAAUGAAGGAUUUGGGCGGUGGCGCAGUACUAGACCUGGGUGUUUACAUGUUGCAACUAGUGCAGUUCAUAUACAAGGAGCCGCCGACCGACAUCGUAUGCACAGGACAUUUGAGCAAGGCUGGAGUGGACGAGUCCAUUUCUUGCGCGCUCAAGUACAAAGAUGGCCGCACCGCUACAUUGUCCGCACAUACGAGGGCCAAUAUGCCCAAUAAGGCGGAGAUCGUUGGCACCAAAGGAGCUAUUGCUUUGGACUAUUUCUGGUGUCCCACCGUGCUACAAAUAUCAGCCGCUAACAACACAGAGUGGAGUUUACCCAAAGGCAAAUACAAGUUCCAUUUCCACAAUAGUGCGGGACUCAGUUACGAGAUACAAGAAUGCUGGGAUUGUAUCAGCAAAGGCUUGCUGGAAAGUCCCAAGAUGAGUUUGGAUGAAUCUGUUCUAUUAGCUAAAUUGACUGACACUAUGCGCGCUCAAGUGGGUGUCUUAGAAGCUGAACUAAAUUGAGGGAACAAAAUUAAUGCCAUUACCUUAAAUGUUAGCCAAUCCAAGUUUACAUAAUACUUAAAUAUAACAUAUACAUAAAGAGAUUUGCUUUAAUUAUAUUAUAUUGUAAUGCUAAGUGCCAGUGGAACAAAAGAGCUAUGCGUUGUGAUAUUUUACCUUUAUUCGGCUCAUACAUGUUUAUGAAAGUUACUUAAAGUACAGUAUUUACCUCAACUAACUGUGAUUAUUAGUAUGUUGUGAGAUGGUUGUUAAAUGUUAAUAUAAAAAAUAUAUACCGCACAAAUUCA